AUGAAGGUGCCAAAGACUAUCACUUACAAUAGUCUUGUUGAUCAAUUGUAUACAUUAAUCAGAGCUGACAAGUCUCGUAUUGAUCUUGACUUAAAUGUAAUCUAUCAUUUUGGAAGUAAAGGUAUCCCUCCAUCUUUGAUUAGUAAUGAUGAUGAUGUUGCUUUUUUUCUUGAUGAGAUAGGAACAUUUAUCAAUCAUCGGACACCCCUAUGUGUGUCUACUAUAGAGAAGAGAAGUAAUGAACCUUUGGUUACUAAAACACGUGAGUUGUAUACUAUUCCUCCAGUUGAAACCAAAGUGAAUGAUGAUUUUUGCAUUGAUGAUGAUAAUGAAAAUAUUGAUAGGCCUACCUGCAAUGAUGUACUUGUGAAGCAUAAUUUACAACAGACAACCUCCAAUGAAGUAUUGAAGAGCCAUGAUUCCUCAAAUAAUAGAGGUCGUAAAGUAAGACAGGUUGGUGAAGAUAAUCUAUGGAGUACUCCACUUUUGUUGAAUCAAGGGGAAAAAGGCUCUACUUCAGCCUCAACAGCUCAAUUACUGACAUCUUCUUCGAGUAUCAAUUCGUGGGAAAUAAAAGAGGGUCAAAUAUUUGAGAACAAGCAAGAGUUGAAGAUGAAACUCCAUCUUUAUGCAUUAAAGAAAAACUUUGAGUUUAAAGUAAAGAAGUCUGCGAAAAAUAUAUGGUGUACAGUAUGUGUUGAUGAUAAAUGCAAAUGGAGGUUGAGGGCUACAAAAUUGGUUAAUUCCAAUAUGUUCGAGGUUCGUAAAUUUUUCGGUGAACACACAUGUUCAUUGGAUGUUCGACAUAAAGAUCACUGUCAGGCAUCCCCAUGGCUUAUUGGACAUGUCAUAAGGAGAAAAUUUGAGGGUGAUAAUGUUAAUUACAAGCCAAGGUCAAUUGUAAAAGAUAUGAGUUUAUCAUAUGGAGUUCUUAUGAGCUAUGCUAAAGCUUGGAGGUGUCGAGAGCAUGCAUUGGCUUACAUAAGAGGUACACCAGAAUCAUCAUUUCAGAAACUUCCCUCAUUUCUUUACAUGAUGGAGCAAAAAAAUCCUGGAACUGUUACUCAUUUGCAGAUGGACAAUGAAGGUAGGUUCAAAUAUUGCUUCAUGGCCUUAGGUGUUUCUAUAAUGGGGUUUAAAACAUAUAUUCGCCCAGUUAUAUGUGUAGAUGGAACCUUCUUGACUACUCGGUGUGGAGGUACUUUGUUAUGUGCCAUGGGACAAGAUGCUAACAAGCAAAUAUAUCCAAUUGCAUUUUCAGUAGUUGACUCAGAGAAUAAUGACUCAUGGUUUUAUUUUCUACUGAAAUUGAAGGAAGCGAUUGGUGAAGUGGAGAAUCUAGUAUUCGUGUCUGAUAGACAUACUAGUAUAGCAAGUGCCUUGACUAAAAAUUUUCCUGAGGCAUACCACGGUGCUUGUAUACAUCAUGUUAGCAUGAAUAUCCGUGCGAAGUUCAAAACUGACCAUUUCCAUGAAGAAUUCUUCCUUGCAACGAAAGCUUAUAGAAAGCGAGAGUUUUUACGCCAUUUUGAGAAGAUUACAUUCAAAGAUCUUGCAAUUGCUCAAUACUUAGAGAAUCAAGUGGGUUUUGAAAAGUGGGCUCGUUCUUUCUUUCCUGGUCAUCGAUAUAAUUUAAUGACUACAGGUAUUGCCGAAAGCUGGAACAAUGUCAUUGCUGAGGCACGUGGGUGGCCAAUUACUUGUCUCAUGGAAUUUAUGAGGCACACUUUACAAAAAUGGUUUUUCAAGCGUCGAACUGCAGCAUCAGCGGCUACAGGUCCUCUUGCCACAGAAGUGGAAGUUGAUUUGCAAAAGUUAGCAGACAAGUCCACUACCUCGUUCCCUUUUCCAUCUAGUCAAUAUGAAAUAACAGUUGGAUGGUGA